GAGCUCCCCCAUCAAUAAUAUCCUCUUCCUCCUCCUACGCUCGAGAAAAUCACCACACUCUGCGUUCCCCGAGAGCACUUGAAUUUCCGAAGAGACGUACAGAUCUGAUCUGAUCCGCCAUGGAAGAAGAGAAGAAGGCAGAAUCGACGAACAAGAAUGUUAAGAAGGUCAAUCUGCUGGACCACAACUCCAUCAAGCACAUGCUCGACGAGUCCGUCUCCGAUAUCGUUACGAGCCGUGGGUACAAGGAGGACGUGAGGUUGAGCAACACGAAGCUGAUCUUAGGGACGGUUAUCAUCGCGGUUGCUCUCGUUGCGCAGUUCUACAACAAGAAGUUCCCCGAGAACAGGGAUUUUCUGAUUGGAUGCAUUGCAUUGUAUGUAGUGCUGAAUGGGGUGAUGCAGCUGAUUAUGUACACCAAGGAGAAGAAUGCUAUAUUGUUCACCUAUCCUCUUGAGGGUUCAUUCACCAGCACUGGCUUAGUUGUAUCUUCAAAGCUGCCGAGGUUCUCUGAUGAGUACACUCUCACCAUUGACAGUGCUGAUCCAAAAUCAAUCUCAGCUGGGAAGUCAGUCCAGUUUACCAAAAGUGUCACCCAAUGGUUCACGAAAGAGGGAGUUCUUGUUGAGGGUUUGUUCUGGAAAGACGUGGAAGCAUUAGUCAAGGACUAUGCAAAAGAAGAACCAAAGAAGAAGAAAUGAUGAUUAUAUAUUAUUGAAGAAACUAUGUUUUCGUUUUUUAGAUAAUUAAACGACUUUUUGUUUAGAGAUGACAUAAAAUAUUCCAGAUAAUAUUACUUGAGUUUUGUUGUUAUAAACAAAGUUUUCGAAAUAAUCUGAGAUUUUAAUAAA